AUGGUUAUGAAAAAAAUAUUGUAGAUAGAGAAGCUAAGGUUAGCGAUAGGAUUUGAUUGCAAAAUUAAAAUAGUAGUAGAAAUAGAUGAGAAUAGAUUCAGCUUUUUUGUAGAAUCUUAAAAAGAUAUUUAGACAAAUACUUUUAAAGUAGAUUAAGAAAUUCCACUCUAUAACUUAUCAGCGAAAUUGAACAUUAAGGUAAAUAUAAUAGUGAAUAAUGUUAGCAAAAAUGCAGGAAAUGUAGAAAUUCCAGAUAUCUCAUAGAUUCCAUCAAAUGAUAUUUAUAUUUUGGAAAAAUGUCCUGAUAAAAAUGCAGCUUUAAUUUUAUAUCUCUAAGAUUAGCCAAAAAUAAUAGGCAUGAUGAAAUCGGAGUCAGAAAAACAAUAAAAAUAACUUGCUUAGGCAUUAGAAAACUAAAAGCAGUGUUAAAUCCAACUUGAAUUAUUAAAAAAAUAACUAGAAUAGGCAUCAAAAACAAAUACUUAAUAAUAGCUUCUAUAAUAGCUAUAGGAAAGUCAAUAGGAAGUUUUAGAAAUAAAAAAAAAUUAUGAUUAAAAGAUAAAGAUUAUUGAGAACUAAUAUGAUGAAAUGGUAGCAGAAUUUGAAGAUCUCAAGAAAUAACUGCAGCAAAAGUAGUAAUCUAAUUAACUUUUAUAAGAAGAUUUGAAAAAGUAGAAAGGAGAGAUUAUAAGCUAUAAACAGAAAAUGGAGUAAAUAAAUGAGCAAAUAAAAAAGCAAGAAUAAAACAAUAAUAAAAAUUUAGAUUAGAUUAAAUUGCUUUAAACAGAGAAUUAAUAACUAAAAUAAAAAUUGAAGCAAGAAGAAACAAACAGCUAAGGAUUUUAGAAAAAAAUUAAGGAAUUAACUAUUUUAAAGCAAACACUGGAGAGUGAGAAGCAAUAAAUAUUAGAUUAAGCUAAACAAGAAAUUGUCAAAAGAAAUGAAGCAGCUGAUUAAAUAAAAGAUAAAUUUAAAGCUGUCUUGGAAGAAAAGUAACAAGAAAACAACAAGUUGAUGCAAUAAAUAUAAAAAAAGUAAGAAGAAAACCAAAAAUCUGGAACUGAAUUAGAAAAGGCUUAUAAACAUCUUUAAACAAAGUACUCUCAACUUGAACAAACCUUUUCUAUACAAAAAGCAUAGUGGGCCAAAAUUGAUUUAGAUUUAGAAAAUAAAUCUAUGUAGCUUUAAACUCUUAAAAGUUAAUAAUAAUAGUUUGAAUAAGAAAUAGUUAAAUAAAAAUAAAGAGUUGGUGAUAUCAUCAAUAAAGCUAUGGAAAUAGGAGGAUCAGAUUUGGUCGAGCAGUUAACAUGUGUUUUAUGA